UUAAUUUUUCGUCCGUAAUUUCGAAACAAGCAAGCCGAAAUGGAUUAUUUUUUCAUGUAUCGGCAGCUUAAUAUCUGCAUUGUAAGCAAUGCUGUUCUGAACGUUUUUAAUACAUAGUUUAAAUAUGCCGGAUAAAAAUUCACGCGACUUCUGUGGGCGAACCUUACUAGACAUCAUUUGUGUUGGGAUAAAAUAUGACCAUCAACUUUCGUCAUUUAAGAAUACAGACUUGUCAACAGAAUUGAAUAUGGACGACGAAAUCGCCAUCGUGGGAAUCGGAUGUCGGUUUCCGGGGGCUGAUAACAUCGACGAGUACUGGCGACUUCUCGUUAAUGGCGAAAAUCACGUGAAAGACAUUCCCCUCGAGAGGUGGAACAAUGAUGCAUUCUAUAGUGAGGACAAAGACGAACCAGGAAAACAUUAUGUAAAGAAAGCUGGUUUCAUCAGCAAACAUGACGAGUGGGACAAUAGACUGUUCCAGGUGAGUGACAACGAAGCGAUUCGUAUUGAUCCCCAGCAAAGAUAUGUACUGGAAUGCACACACAUGGCGAUGGAGGACGGCGGAAUCACGAGGAAAGAUUUACAAGGGACCUCAACUGGUGUUUAUAUCGGUGUCAUGAACGAUGACUACAAGGUGAUUGCUAGUUCAGACCACAGCGAUGAUACAAAUUAUUCGGCUACCGGAAUGAGUACGACAAUAAUAGCGUCACGUGUUUCAUUCGUCUAUAACUUACAAGGACCCUGCAUGGUUAUAGAUACAGCAUGUUCCUCUUCUAUGAUAGCCAUACAUCUAGGUUGUCAGGCAAUCAGAACAGGCGACUGUGAGAUGGCUGUUUGUGGCGGUGUUAGCAGCAUUAUCUCCCCUGAUACCUUCAUAGCACUGUGUAAAGCUCGGAUGAUGUCAGCGACGGGACAGUGUCAGACUUUCUGUGACUCUGCCGACGGAUACGCACGUGGUGAAGGCUGUGGGGUGGUUAUACUAAAGUCUUAUAAAAAGGCUCUUAAAGACGGAAACAAAAUUUGGGGAAUCUUAAAAACCGGAAGUAACCAAGAUGGUCGUGUUUCUCAGCCUAUAACAGCACCAUCUGGUGAGCAACAAGAAGAGUUACUGAAAAAAGUGUAUAAACAAUAUGGCGUUAAUCCAACGUCACUACAGUACAUAGAGGCACAUGGAACUGGAACGCCUAUAGGAGAUCCUACAGAAGCAAAUGCUUUAGGCAGAUUUAUAGCCUCAUGCCGUGAACAAUCACAGAUUGUUUCACACACAAAUGAUAGAAGACCAUCAAGUAGUGAUAGUGGAAAUCCUUCAGAAAUUGAUACUUCUGACAGCGAGAAAGAAGACACAGUUGGUAUAGAUGCUGAAAAAUCUGAAGGAAGAUCAAACCCAGACAGGUACUCAGCGUUUUCCGAUAAGACCAUUCCGAUUGGAUCAGUGAAAACAAAUAUCGGUCAUACGGAAUCGGCGGCAGGGGUUGCAGCGCUGAUUAAGGUGUUGUUGAUGAUGAAGAACGGAAAAAUCGUCCCAAGUCUCCACGUGAAGAAGGACAAAUCAAAUUUGAACAAAAAGAUAAAGCUAGAUGAGUACGGACUAGACAUUGCACUUGAUGUGGUUGAUUGGCUGCCAAACGAAGAUGGUGACAGAAUUUGCUGUGUUAACUCAUUUGGCUUCGGGGGAUCAAAUAGCCAUGCCAUUGUUGUACAAAAUACCCGAAUGCCCUAUCCCACUAUCAGCUCGCCUCUUACAAAUGAAAUGUCGGCGUACAAAACUGUUUGUUUAUCGUCAUUGGAUACAACUUCAUUGAUAAACACUAUGGAACAUUUAAACGAAGACUUGUCCAACGGCGUCAGUUUGCAGGAUGUAUCAUAUACAUCAGCAUUUCACCGGGACCACUAUCCCACCCGGACCAUUCUGUUCGGAAAGGAUGUCGAAGAGAUCCAACAGCAGAUAAAAGUAAAAAUGCAAAAUAUUGAAAAACUUGAGACAAACAAAACUAUGCGGAAGGUCUUUGUGUUCUGUGGAGUAGGAACCACGUGGCAAGGCAUGUGUGCUGAGAUGAUGGCCACACAACCAGUGUUCAGAAACAAGAUCUCAGCAAUCGAUCAGUACCUACAGCCACUGUCUGGCUGGAGUAUAGCAGAAAAAUUCAGAAAUGAAGCAACCGAUUACAGUGAUCCUUUCUUGAACCACAUUGCAAUUUUCUGCACUCAGGUUGCCCUAUUUGCUUUGUGGAGAAGCUGGGGUAUUACACCCGACACCAUCAUUGGACAGUCUGUUGGAGAGGUCGCCGCGUCCUAUGCAUCAGGAGCACUUCCGUUGAAAGAUGCCGUCAGUGUUAUAUAUUACAGGUCAAAGAUUUUAGCCGAAAUGACAGGCGGUAAAAUGAUGGUUGCAGGCAACUACGCAAUUGAAGACAUUGAGAGUCUGUGCGAAAAGUAUGAUAAUAAAGUUACAAUUGCUGUGUAUAACAGUCCUACCUCAUGUACACUUUCUGGGGACGCUGAUGUCAUGGAAACCAUUAAGUCAGAGCUUGAAGAUAUGAAUGACAAAGACAAUGCAGAUAUAAUGAUAAGACCACUCUCAGUGCAAUGUGCGUACCAUAGUCAUCAGGUAGACCCGUGUAUGGAUAUGAUAGAAGCACAGCUUAAAGAUAUACAAAAAGGAGUGCGACGAAUAGAACAUAUUUCAACUGUCACAGGUGAAAUUGCCGAGGAUGAAGAAUUCCAGACUGGUAGAUAUUGGGCUGAAAAUAUCCGUCAGCCUGUUAGAUUCAUGCAUGCUAUCCUUAAAGCUUCUCGUGAAGGAGUAACAAAUGUAUUCGUAGAGAUUGGACCAAGACAGGUAUUGCGUGCGCACUUGCCAAAUAUUAUGGGCGAAAUAUUAAAAGGAGUUUGUCUUCCAUCAAUGAAUGGCAAAAAAGAAUGUGUCAGUGUCUACUCUUCUUUGAGUACUCUGUACGAGUUAGGAUCCGAGAUAGAUUGGAAAGGUUUAGUUCCUACUUCCGGUCACGCAGUUUCAUCACCUCGAUACGGAUUCAAUAAAUCGAAAAUCCUCUACAUCCCCGAGUCUUCCGUUCAGAUGCUGCAAGGUAUACCAUUUAACUCAGACCAGCAUAUGUAUGUACGACGAAAUGGUGGAGGCAAAGCAGAAUUCCGUAUUCUAAUUGACAAAGAAACAACGCCAUUCGUUUAUGACCAUUACUUCCUAAAUGCAAUACUUGUCCCCGGUGCAACAUAUGUUGAAGCUGCCUUGGAGUGUGGCCAAAGAAAAUCUAAUCUAAAUGCGUACGAGAUUUCUGUAUCUACAGAAUUUGUAAAACCGUUUACACCUCCAGAUGAAAAGCAGUACCAGAUAGACAUAGAAAUGACUGAAGAUGAGGAUAUUGACGGCCAUCGAUACACAGCAAAGAGAGAUGAUAGGACUCUUUGCCAUGGAACUAUCGUUCGUCGGAGUGAACCCGAAAGAGCAAAAGUUGAUAUCUCCCAUAUUCAGUCCAGAUGUAAAUCGUACAAAAAUAAAGAGGAAAGUUACUCCUGCUUAGAGAGAAUUGAUUUCAACUAUGGAGAGUCCCUUAGUUUGAUAGAACAGUCUUGGUCAUCAGCCACUGAAUGCCUUGUUGAGUUCAUUGUACCAGAAGAAGUUAAAAUACAAGGAAAGGCAACUCACUUACAUCCGUCAAUAAUUGAUGCAAUGUUCCAGACAUUUGGCAUUCUAAGUACGAUCGGUACCGACGGCCCAACGUUACCAAAAGGUCUAAGCUCAAUUGUAAUCAAUAGGCCGCCACAGGGCCGUAUGUACGGUUACUCACAAAUGGUUAAAGCAACGCCGGCUGGAAACCACUACAAUUCACUUUUGCUAUCAACAGAUGGUCAUGUAAUAGCAGAAAUUAAGAAUUUCUAUACAAAAACGAUCAGGAUAUCUGAUGCACCAAAUCAAAGUUUAGUUUAUGAUAUUAACUGGAAAAAGGUUCCGCAACAGGAAAUCUCUGAGGACGCGGAACAGACAGAAAAUGUUGGAGGAAAAGUCGUAAUAUUUGGGACAAAACGAUUUAUCAAUUGUUACCGGAUGGCAGAGGAUUCGCUCGCUACAUCAUAUGAAUUGAAUGACAGUCUUCCAGAUACGGAAGUAAUGUACAGAAUGGCUUUUGACCAAACCAACAAUAUUCGGGCAAUUGUGUUUGCUCCGUGUUACCACGUACAGAACGUGAAAAAUGAAAAUAAAUCGGUAUAUCACUAUGCAAAGCAUACAUUCCUGUCUCUUGCAAUGUUGAUAAAAGUGAUACAAGAAAAUAAUGCGAGUUUGCCAGUCUUUGUUGUGACAGAAAGUGUUAAAGCCGCCACAACUCGUAACAUACAUGCUUCAAAUGUUUGUGGAAGUGAACUUUGGGGAAUGGUGAGAUCAGCACUGGCUGAAACAGCGUACAGCGACCUUAGACUGAUUGACAUGUCGUUGACAGAUGAAAAUGCUAUCGCUCUCGAGUCUGUCCUCAAUAGAAGUACAGUCAAUUAUAACGAGUAUCUGAUAGACAGUGGAGAAGUCUUCUACAGCGAAUUCAUUGAAGAUCCAGAACAGGACAAAGAACCCAACUAUCGUGAAAUAGAUUACGAGGCAACAGAGGAACUGGUUUUGAAGUCAACAAAUCCCGCAGUUGUAACAAACCCGCAUUACCAGUUUAAGACGAAAAAUGUAAAAGAUGCCAAUAUGGCAAACUCAUGCAAGAUACGCUUGCAUACUAUUUUUAAUCACGAUUCGGCACUCUACCCAACUUCUACAGUAUCCGAAGAUGCUGAAAACAAUUACUGGCCUGAAAAUGAUGAAAAUGGAUUUCAAGUGGUUUGUCUUGAAGGAAUUGGAUGGUUGGAAGAUAAAAACAAGAAGCCGAAGAAAAUAAUUGAGAAGACACCGAAGCUAGGCUUCUGCUAUCCUGUGGAUGUCUCUUCCGUUGUUGAUAUUCCCUCAAAGUGUAUUUUUGACAUAGGUUGUCUCCAGCCAUACACACCGGGAACAAUGACAGUCGGAGUAUUAUUGUGGAAUAUCGUUGAAUGUUGCAAACAAUCGUCGAGUGUUUUUGUCAUCGUCGAGGAUGAUGGUAGUACUUGGAUAACUCUCUUGAAAAAUAUGCUAAGUAAAUGGAAGAAAGUGACAUUGAAGAUAGAGACAAAAGAAAAGGUGGUUGAUCCCUCAACAGAAUUUGGCAUGUCUGCACAAACAUUGAUUGUGCUAUCUACCAUUACUGCUGGGCAUAUAGAAGUGCUCCGAAGGAAAUUUUCAGCUGUUCAGAAGAUUGUAAGUCUUGAAGAAUAUUUCCCCAGAUACAUGCAAAGAUGGGUUCAUCACAACAUGAAAGGGCUUUCUGUUAAUAUUCUCAAUACGGAAAAGUUGUUCACAUAUACAGAACUCACGGAAAAAGUUCCCAAGGUAUACAGUUGGUUGAAAACGCUCGAUAACAGUGUGAAGGAGUCACUUUCCGGAAGAACAUAUGACGAAUAUGAUGGGGAAGAGGAGACGUCGAUCUUCAACCUACCAUAUCCGGAGCUACCUUUACUGGAGGGAAAAAAUAACGAAAAUUACAUUCCACUGAAAGUAUUUAGAACGGAAGUGUUUAGAAAAGAUGGAUGCUACAUUCUGGUAGGAGGUUUAACGGGGUUAGGCUGGGAAUUACUACAACUUAUGGCUGAACUUGGUGCUGGAUAUAUAUCUACAUUAUCUAGACGUCCACCCUCCGAGGAGAGAAUGACAGAGAUAGCUGAUAUUCAGAAAAGAUACGGAUGCCGAAUCUUGCCGGUACAAGUGGAUAUAACUGAUCUCAACGGCCUGAAAAAAGCGCUCCAAGAUUUACAAUCUAAACUCGGUGAAGUUCAAAUUAAAGGCGUGUUUCAUGGUGGUGGUGUCAUAAAUGAUAUGUUGUUGAAUAUGAUGACACUCGAAGAUGUUGAAAAGCCUUUACAACCAAAGGUACUUGGAACCUGGAAUCUUCACAUUGCAACUCUCGAAAUGCCACUUGAUUUCUUUGUAGUGCAUUCGUCAAUUGUUGCCAUAUUUGGCAAUCCAGGUCAGUGUAACUAUGCAGCAGGAAAUUCUUUCCAAGAUUCAUUUGCUCACUACAGACGAAGUCUAGGCUUGUGUGGACAAAGUAUAAACUGGAGUACACUAUCCCUGGGCAUGGCAGCGGAGAAUAAGGAAAUGGAAAAGAACUUCAAAAGUCAGGGAUUCUACUACCUAAAUGUGGACGACAUUAGGGCAUGCUUUCUGAGGGCAGUGAUGACAAAUCCUCCUCAAGUUACAUUUGGAAUUUUUGAUUGGUCAAUUAUGGAAUUUCACCCGACAAUAAAAUCAUAUCCAUUCAAAUUUGCCAGAUUGCUAGAAAAGUACGGGACUAAGAAUGCUACUUUUAAGAAGACAGAUUCAAAAUAUCACUUCGAUGUUGAAGAAUACAACAAUUCCAGUGACGAUGACAAAAAAAAUAUGCUGGUUGACCUGAUAAAGAAAAUGGCUGCAGAUACCUUUAUUGUUGAUGGCAAUACGCUCAAUGAAGAAUCUCGAUUCGUUACCUUAGGAAUCGAUUCAAUGGCUGCCAUGAGCUUUGCCAAUUCUGUUUUUGAUACAAUGCAAGUACGGAUUCCUGUAGUGACUUUGCUGUCGGAUUCAACAACUAUCGAGUCCCUUACAUUAUAUCUGAUAGAAAAUAUACAGAAUGGCGGAGGGUCUUCUUCUGGCGGAGGUGGUGCAUCUGACACUACUAGGGAAGACAACAGAAGGCUAUUGGACUUCUUGCGUGGAACUGUAACGUUUAUGCAGAAGAGUUUGCUCAAUGAUUAUGUAAUUAACUCACACAGUCGUAAUUUAUCUCGGCAGGCCGACUACGAAGUCAUGGGGUUAAAACUUAAACCCAAAGACUGGAGGGUAAUGCUCAACCAUCUGAUCAAAAUGAAUCCAGAACUUCGCCGCAUCUACAAGAUCAACAAAGAAGAGUUCACAUACGAGUCGAUAUUGCUGCCGGCUGAUGAUAUCGAUGUUGAUAUGGAGCAAGUGCCUUUUGACAGUAUUUGUAAUGGUGAUGAUUCUGAUGACAGAGAUCAUGUGUAUUUUGAUCUAACGAAAGACUUACCCAUUCGUUUCAAGAUUGCAUGUAAAAAGAAUGUGACACGGAUGAGAAUGUAUAUUCACUCUGUGAUAUCGGAUCUGUCCGGUGUUGCCAUGCUAUUCCGUGAUAUUGGUACCUACAUGAAGCCAUAUAUCUGCAAUGAGCCCCUUCCUGAAAAAGACACGAGCAUAGUACCAGCUGAUGCAGUAAGGACUGCUCUGACACCAAGGAUGUCCGAUCUGAAGCAAUAUUGGAAAAUGCAGUUAUCACAGGAUAUUCAGCCAUUUACGUUUGCAGACGAUAUUGAUGAAGAAUUAGACGAAACCAACUGGUAUCAGAUUACAGAAGAGAUGCCACUAGAACUUGUGAAUGAGGUGAUGGACUUCACCAAAUCUAAUGGAAUUUCUCUGUACAACUUCAUCGUUCCUGUGUACAUGCUUCAUCUUCACGAGAAAACAAAUAAAGACUUGAUUCCAUUGGUCACUAAUGUGGACAUGCGAGGACAUGUCCCACAGCUGAAAUCGUUUGUUACACGGUGUAUAAACGCGAUGCCUGUGAUAGGAGAUUUACGAAACAUGGGUAAAGUGGGCGAAUACAUUAAAAGAAGUUCCGCCAGCUUACAUCGUACAACGCAACAAAGUGCGUUCCCAUAUGACUUAAUUCAAGAGGAAAUUACGUCAGAAGCGUUGAAGAAGCACAUUGGUCGGCACAGACUUGUCAUGGACAACAUGGCGCACAUGAAUCAGACUAUAAAACACAAUAGAGUGACAAUCAAAGUAUCGAAUGUACACCAUACACGAUAUGUGUACGAGACUACGUUGUACAUUAUGUACGAUCUUCAACAAAAUAAAGUAGCUCUACAAUACGGAUACAAUAAACAAGCUGUGCGGCAUGAAGACGCAGCUCUUGUUCCUGGGAGAUUGAUGGAACUGAUGAAGGCGUUUAUAGACCACCAAGAUGCUUAUAUUAGUGAAAUUCUCUCUGGAAAUAUUGUCAUCAGCAGCGUUCCGAAACAUAUUGCUUCACAUGUGACAACCCCUCAUCAGAAAAGUAAAAAAGGGAAUAAUACUGAUUCAGAACAGAAGAUAUAUCCAGGUGACAGAAAAGGGAGGGAGUCUAGGCUCUCUAAAUUGCAAAAAGAACUGACAAAGAAAAUAGUACCAGGCCAACAGUACGCAGUGCAGAAUCCCGGAAGUGAACUUGCCAUUUUACGCGAAGACUGUUUCAUAAAGCAGACUAGCCAAGGUUGGGAGCACAUGGUUCAAGUUUCUUUAGCUCUUGACAUGUCGAUCAAGAACAACGGCGAGCUAGUACUGCAGUGGGGCAAAGUCAACAGCUCCUACAAGAGGCAUUUACAAGUGGACUGUAUAUCAGAGGUUGCCGUGAAGAAACUAAAUGGUACGUACAACAUUUUACUGAGAACUGCCAACAAGUGGUUUGUACUGAAGACAAUGUCCCAGACACUGGCUACUGACUGGUUAAAUACCUUAAAAAAUGCCGUCGAGGAGAAGAAGUCGAUGCGGAAAGAAAGUGGUGCUUCUGUCCAUCAUUUCUGAUGAAUUGAGUGAAAUUAUAAGUGACAUUUGUAAUAGAUAUUAGUGUUGAAAUAUGGGCAUGUGUUGAAAGGAUAUGAACAUAUGAUGAAACAUUGCUUACGUAUUAUGUACAUAUAUAAUGAAUUUUACGCUAUGAUCGAUGCUGUGAUGUGUAUAUGUCGAAUUAACUGUUUUAUGAUUAGGAUGUGUAUGUUAAAUUAAGUUUCAUGUGAUAAGGAAAUGUUUGUUAUUAAAUGGUAUAUGAUUAUGAUGUAUUUUUGAAAGAAAUGCUAUAUGAUUAAGGUGUAUUUUUUAUUGAAAUUAUAUAUUUUAAGGUGUAUUUUUAAAUUAAAUGUUACAAGAUUUUGAAUGAAAUGUUAUAUGAUUAUGAUGUAUUUUUGAAAGAAAUGCUAUAUGAUUAAGGUGUAUUUUUUAUUGAAAUUAUAUAUUUUUAAGGUGUAUUUUUAAAUUAAAUGUUACAAGAUUUUGAAUGAAAUGUUAUAUGAUUAGGAUGUAUUUUUGAAUGAAAUGUUAUAUGAUUAGGGUGUAUUUUUGAAGGAAUGUCAUAUGAUAAUAUGUAGUUUUGAAUGAAAUGUCAUAUAAUUAGAAUGUAUUUUUGAAUGAAAUGUUAUAUAAUUAGGAUGUAUUUUCGAAUGGAAUGUCAUAUGAUAAUACGUAUUUUUGAAUGAAAUGUCAAAUAAUUAGAAUGUAUUUUUGAAUGAAAUGUCAUAUAAUAAGAAUGUAUUUUUGAAUGAAAUGUCAUAUAAUUAGAAUGUAUUUUUGAAUGAAAUGUCAUAUAAUAAGGAUGUAUUUUUGAAUGAAAUGUCAAAUAAUUAGAAAGUAUUUUUGAAUGAAAUGUCAUAUAAUUAGAAUGUAUUUUUGAAUGAAAUGUCAUAUAAUAAGGAUGUAUUUUUGAAUGAAAUGUCAAAUAAUUAGAAAGUAUUUUUGAAUGAAAUGUCAUAUCUAAUAAGGAUGUGUAUGAUGAAUUUAUUUUAUGUUAUGUCAUGUUUUGAUUACGAUGUGUUUAUAUCUAAGAUAAAUAUAUAAUUGAGAAUCAAAACGAAAUAAAAGUGAUUAAAUUUUGAUGCAGAGAAGAAUUAUACAAAGCUCUGGGGGCAGUCCUUUUAUGUCUGUUAGAUAUUAACGUAUAUAUGUGCCGUAGGUGCAUUCUAUAAAUGUUCGUUUAAAUUAUUUCUCCAUAUAGCUUUUGUUCCGCAUAAGGUAAUUUGGUUCAACUGAAAAAAAGUGGUGAUUCUAAUAUUUGCAUAGGUGAAAGGCUGUAUGAAAUGUAUUCAUAAUAUUAAGUCUAUGUCGGCCAAUGAUUUGUUAAUUUU